AUGGCCCCUCGCAGUUUCGUUGUUACUGGAGCAAACCGCGGCAUCGGUCUUGGAAUCGUCUCUCAGCUGCUUAAAAAUCGAGAAAUCGAAGUGAUCAUCGCCACUUGUCGUCAACCUGAAAAGGCAGAGGUUUGAAAAAAAAGAACAUGAAGAUAUCCCUCAACAACUUGAGGAGCUUCUUGCAAUCAAGGAUGAACGUCUGCACCUGCUCCAACUCGAAAUAGAUGACGACUCGUCGAUCAAUGCCUUCUACUCCAAGGUAAAACUUUCAUUCUUCAUUUCCAAACUCUCGCUAUCCAGGCAGAGUCUUUGCUGGGAGAGAAAGGCUUGGCGGUGUUGGUGAACAACGCCGGCGUCUUGAUCGACUACGACGUCUUGCAAGAGCCUGACCGUGAAACAAUAAGGAAGCAGUUGGAGACCAAUUCAAUCUCUCCCGCCGUUUUCAUUCAGGUAGACAGCUUAUUCUUGCAACCAACAAAAUAUUUCAGAGAAUGCUGCCGCUGCUCCGAAAAGCCGCAGAAUUGGAAGAGGGCGAGCGGCUCUCCGUUGAUCGUGCCGCCAUCGUCAAUAUCUCGUCGACGGCAGCCUCUAUCCAGAAAAUCGACGGCACUUUCAAUGGUCCGCUGGUCGCUUAUCGCAUGAGCAAGGUAAGUAUGCUUCAACGAUAAAUAUUCAUUUUUUUCAAUAUUUCUAAUUGAACAUUUUUUUUUGAAAAAGAUUUUAUAUCGAACUGCUUUUUUUACCUCACGGGAGAGUAAAUAGAAUAGAAUUUCGUUGAAAAUUAUUUUUUUGAAUAUUUUUAAUUUGAUUCUUCUUCUUCUUCUUCUUCUUCCUACGCCUUUGUACCGCUUGAGCGGCGUCGGCGCCCCAAGUCGAUUAGCCGAGGUCCUAUCCUGAUAAUCAGUGGACUGGCUCGAGUGACAUAUCCGUCCUUGUGUGUGACGGCUGGGGAUUUUUGAAGUCGUGUUUUCCCACUACCACCAUUUCUUAAACCCCUUGGUUGGGUCGGGGCGGGGAUCGAACUUGUGACCCUGUGGACCGUAGACAGGCACACAACCUGUUGCGCUACGGCGCGCCCCGAAUAUUUUAAUUUGAUUGAAACACUGAAAGUACAUACACAUGAGCCUUCUAGUUUUUGAAGAUGAGAUGUGCAGAAGGUUCUGGUAAAUGAGUUGAUGUACCACGAACCACGUAUCUGUGUACCACGACUUGAAAUUUCACGGAACGACAUUCCGCUGUUCCGCCGCGUGUGUUCGCGAAGCGUCUUUCGAAUCCUAGUCACAUUUGCAAUGUAUUGUUAUUGCUGUGAGAGCACAAGAAAGUAGAGUACCAUAAUAAAAGAAAAAAAAAGUUAAAAGCGCGACCAAGGUUCGCGAAGGCGGCACAGCGGAAUGUCGUUCCGUGAAAUUUCAAGUCGUGGUACACAGGCUAUAGAAAACAGUGAUUAUUAAAAGAAAUGCUCUUUUUUUUUCAGUCAGCGCUAAACUCGUUCGCCAAAUCGUGCUCCAUCGACCUGAAGCCCUUGCACAUCCUCGUGACUUCGUUCUGUCCUGGAUGGGUCCAGACCGACAUGGGAGGCAAAAAUGCUCUGCUCACGGUUCGAGCUUCAUGCAUUAAAUGAAAACCCAAGAAAUAAUUGAAGGUGGAGCAGUCCACUUCGGAGCUGGUCUCUUCAAUCCUCCGCCUCUCAUCCGAACAUCAUGGAGGCUUCUUUGAACGAAACCUUCAAGUCAUUCCUAAUUAGAUGUAACAACUUUUUUUCUUAAAUAAUUUAGUUUGAAUGAACAUUUGGAACUUUUUUGUGGGAAAUGAGAAGAGAGGGCGAAAUGUAGCUAUAGAAGAACAAAAGACACGUCGAGAAUUGGCUGCGAUUGAGCUGAAAUUGGCUCUCGAUCGAUCCUCCAAGGGUGCGACGGUCGGCGACUGUCCUGAGCCAUUCGACAUGAGGCUCCCUGCAAGACACGUCGCCAAGUGCACCGAACUCUACCAGGUGAGUCAGAUGUCGAGCUGAAGCAGGAGCGAUUGUUCCUUCAUUCUUGAACUUUUUAAAGGAACUCCAACCUUAAUUCUCGCUUCGAAAUGUUUCUGGAAUAUUUAACUAGCUUCUUCCUAGGCAAGAACUUUUCGAAGAUCCACCAUGUAUUCAAUUUUUACUGCACUUUUCCCGUAUGUUUGAAACUAAACCCUUAAUAAUUUUUCAUCAAUUAGUUUCAAUUCCAAACUAUAAAAAUAUUAUGACCCUUGAAAAAUUUUGGUUAGUUUUUUUUAUGAAGUUAUGGCGAGAAAAUCCAGAUUAAGUUUUCAUAAUACUGUAUAUGAAUUUAAUGUGAUGAAUUACAAUUAGGAAUAUGGCUCUUCUGAUUGAAAAUCAAUUAAGUUCAAGUUCUUUCAAGAAUCCACAAACGUUUGUGGAUUCUUGAAAGAACUUGAUUUUUUUUUGCAAAAAGAAAUUCUGGAUCGAAUAAAUUUUUUGAGGUGACUCCGGUUGAGACAAAAACCGUCAUCACACAUUUAUCGCUCCUUUUUGGAGGCCUCUUUUCUAACAUUUGUCUGCACUUCAUGUUCUCCGGAAGAGCCAAACUCGGCACGGCGAGGUUCUUUUUUUUCCUUUCUGCCACUCUUUUCUUCAGCUUCACAUAUAUUCGAAUCAUCGGAAUCGCCCAGUUUAUAUUUUUCAUCCUACCUUUUCCGCUCCAAGUCUUCACCAACCAUUAUCAACAGUUGGUCAGUUUUGGAGGCUCAUUUAUGAGGAAAGUUCAGAGGUCGAACCUGGAUAGCCGCCAACUUUCUGCCCGUUCUCCUGGCUCUCUUCCACUUCGUCAUCGCUUCUUUGUGUCUCUGUUUCUCCUUUCGGUUGCACCUCAUGCUCAACUACGUCCGAGUGAGUCGACCGCAAGUUUUCCUUCAAGAAGGAGUUUUAGAGAUGCCGCCGUUGGAACUCUGUUUCUUGGGUGGCUUGGCGCAAAAUAUUCCACAUUCUGCCUUUCGGGACAAUCGCCAAUGUCUCGCUGUGCUUUGAAUACGUCAUAGACUAUGAGCAAUGUGUCUUCGGGCAUGUUUCAGAUAACAGAACGUCAAGUGAAGAUAUUUUACAGAGAUCAACUCUACGCGAUCGGCAGGGCACGUUUGUCUGAAAACGGCCCUCAAGACCGCAUCAAAAUGGAGUUUAUCCGCUCUUUUCCAUCUCUUAUAUUUUGGUGGGAACUGUAGAUUUUUUAUCAAGGUUGGAAGAUGAACAGACAGAACAAUUGAUAGCUGAAAGAUUUAUCUCACCAGGAGUAGCAAGAAGUUUCCAACUUCCUACAAAUAAGCAAAUUUUCGUAAGACAUGGAUAGAUUUCCUGUAGUCCCUCCCUACCUGCACGAACCUUUCAUUUUCAAUAUACGUUUUCAAAUGCGCUAUAUAGAAGUCGCAGGCUUAAGCUGUUUUAAACGCGAAAUCUAAAAUUUCACAUCUCUAGGACUAAACUUUUGGCGAUCAUGAAUUCGCUUCUCAUCCAAUUUUUAUCAGUUUUUGAGAAAAGCAGGGAAAAUUUAUUUUCACACGAAAAUUACUCAAAGGUUGGGCAGCGAAAUAACAAUACACGCGAAUAAGUCAACCUCAACGAGUUGUAAAAAAAUAAUAAUUUGUGUUUUCAAAUGAUGAUUUAUCUUUUUCUUCUUCUUCUUCUUCUUCCUACGCUUUCGUACCGCUCGAGCGGCGUCGACGCCCCAAGUCGAUUAGCCGAGGUCCUAUCCUGAUAUCAAUGACAGUGACCUGGCUCGAUUCCUUGUGUGUGGCGGCUGGGGAUUUUAAGGUCGUGGUUUCCCACUACAAACAUUUCUUUAACCAUUUGGUUGGGGCGAGGCGGGGGUCGAACUUGUCACACUGUGGACCUGUCGCGCUACGGCGCGGAGGCCUUACAAACAAAUCAAGUUUUGGUGUCGAACGUCAUUGACUCGACGUCAAGAAGAGAGUUGCAGGGUCUGCUCGCUGUGCACGUUGACGUUCAUCGUCUCGGAGCGAUGUAUCCUCCCGAAACUGGGAAGUCCCUACGCAGCCAAGCACAUCCCGUUGUUCGCCAAUCUGCAGCCGCUCCUCGUCGCCCUCAUCCUUUCCCACGCCUCCGUCCACGUCUACACCACGCUGUCCUUCAUCAACCGUCAGCCUGUCGACGAGUCUCUCAGGGUGGGUCCAGUCACUCAGCCUCUCUCUCUAUUCGGUUGCAGCUGACUCUGUAUGGAGUCUCUUACAGCCUUCCGUUUCCUUUGAUGUUGGUGUUGAGUAAAACUUUCCGGUCUCAUCUUUUUCACUUGAUGAGUAAUUCUCUGCAAGCGUAGGACGUCUUAUAUCAGAACCGAUAACCAAUUGUUCCUACAGACGCUCUAGACUUCGGAAAGAUUCCACGUUGAGCAAAGUUACGCAGCAAAUUGCGCGUCACGUCGCUUACAGCAAGCUCGAAAUGGACAACACCGAACUCGAUGACAGGAUUUUCAACGCGAAGACGUGAUUCUGAAUAUUUCUUUUUUUUAUAGAUUGUCAUCGUUUAGCGUUCGAAAUAUAUUGCGUGACGACGCCGUCUACAGAGUUCGGUUCGCGAUUCCUCAGACGGUGCAAGUUAUCGAGGAAGAAGACGUCGACGACGCCGAGGACCGACGCAACGAGUCGCUUCACAUGGCCUCCACUGACAUCGUCUACGACUACUCGUCUCUCGAAUGA